AUGCCUGCGGUCAAGGGCAAGCUGUUCCUGGAGAAAUACGGCUACUUCGGCGAGCCGGGGCCCGGCACGCACAGCCCCACUGAGUUCACAGAGGCGGUGAGGGACUUCCAGUGGGUGACCCACCUCCCACUCAGCGGGGUCCUGGAUGCCCCCACGCUCCAUCAGAUGGCUCUGCCGCGGUGCGGCACGGGCGACGGGGAGAGCCGCGCUGCCUCGGCACACCGGGCAUCUGCCGCCCGGCGCCGCAGGCGCACCGCGCAGCACGGCGGGAGGUGGUACAAGAGGCACCUGACCUACCGGGUGGUGAACUGGCCCUCCUACCUGCCACAGCACGAGGUGCGCCUGGCCGUGAAAGCCGCCUUCGAGCUCUGGAGCAACGUGUCCUCGCUGGUGUUUUGGGAGGCGCGGGAUGGCCCGGCUGACAUCCGCCUGACCUUCUUCCAUGGGGACCACAACGACGGACUCAACAACGCCUUCGAUGGACCAGGAGGAGCCCUGGCUCACGCCUUCUUCCCCCAGCGCGGAGAAGCCCACUUCGACAGCGCCGAGCGCUGGUCCCUGCACAGCGGCAAAGGGCGCAACCUCUUCAUCGUGGUGGCACACGAGGUCGGCCACACGCUGGGGCUGGAGCACUCCCCUGUCAAGAGUGCCCUGAUGUCUCCCUACUACAAGAAGCUCAGCAAGGAUUUUGUCCUCAGUUGGGAUGACAUCUUGGCUGUCCAGAACUUGUAUGGGAAGCCCUCCAAGGGCUCAGCCAUCCAGCUCCCGGGAAAGGUCUUCACUCACUUCCAGGACUGGAGCACGGACCUUUACAGCGGGGACCGGCAGCGGAGGAGCCUCAGUGCCUAUUACUGCCACUCCUUCUUUGAUGCCAUAACCGCUGACGCGGAUCACAACCUCUACAUCUUCAAGGGCAGCCACUACUGGGUGGUGUCGGUGAGUGGCAACGCCAGCGACCCACGGCCCCUGCAGACACGCUGGCCCGGCCUCCCUGCCGGCAUCGACGCCUGCGCCUGGUCCCAGCUCAGCAGCAAGUUUUACUUCUUCAAAGGUGGCCGAUGCUGGCGCUACACGGGCUCCACCUUGGAGGCAGGUUUCCCCCAGAAAUGCAGCGCCCGCGGCCUCCCGCGGCACCCCGACACCGCGCUCUACUUCCAGCAGCUCCGGCGCCUGGUCCUCUUCAAAGGACCCAAGUACUUCGUGGUGAGCGAGGAGACCCUCGGCAUGGAGCCCUACUACCCCCGCAGCCUGCGGGACUGGGAGGGCUUGCCCUCCGGCACGGCAGGCGCCCUCACCCACCGCGACGGCUUUGUCUACUUCUUUCGGGAUGACCAGUAUUGGCAAUUUGACCGGGCGAAGCUGCAAGUGGUGGCCACUGGCAAAUGGGCCACUCAGCUGCCCUGGAUGGGCUGCUGGGAUGCAAACAGUGGGCAAGUCCUCUUCUAAGCAGAGCGUGCCGGGAUGAAACGGGGCGGGCUGAACCCCACCUCGCUCGCCGCUGCCCGGAUCCCUCUUUAUUUGACUCUGGAUUCCUGUCUGGGGAUGGUUCGGCAAGGACCGGCAGGUCGGGGCUCCCCGCGGAUCGCUGGAGCCGUGGGUUCGUGGAGCGAUGCCCCGGCACAGCAGGGAUGCAGCCGGGAUGGGGCAGCCAUCAGCCCAGGCAGUUCUGCCGCAGCCAGGUGGGCUGGAGGCUUUGGGAGACAAUAUUUUUUAAAAAAGACCACAAAAAAAGGUAUAAGCCAUGGAGACUGCAAACACACCCGUUUCUCUUAACGUUCAGGAUGUCGUUACGCAUUGUUUUUUCAAACCGGGACUGGGGUUUGUUGAUACUUUAGCUGUCGUUUUCCCGCAAUCAGGCAGAGAAGUGCCUCACCAUUGCUUGGUUUGGGGCUUGGGUGGUUUUAAAUAAGAAACUGAGAAUGUUUCAUGGUUAAAACAAAAAGAAGAGAGACAUUUGGACAAAAAUACGAGUCCGUGUUGAGCUUUGCCCCCGCUGUGUUGCGCAGAGCCCCCGCUCCUGCCUCCUCCCCUCCCUUGCCCCCCCCCGGGAUGGAGGGUCGGCACCGGGAGGAGGAACCCAUCCCCUGCGGGUGCUUUGCUGGGCUGCGAUCACGUUCCCGGCUCUCUGGUGAGGCACCAGCUGGAGACACCAACACGCUGGGAUUUUUGGGGAGAAAGCAGAGGGUUUUGGUG